AUGAUGAGGUCAAUCAACCGCUUUCCGACCCAAUUGGGCCGGAGGAUGUAUUCUGCACCUUCAGCCAGCUCCAUACCAGCGGCCAAGAAGAAAUACGUGCCUACAAGCGGUACUUACCCUCAGGGCUUCAGGGUGUCCGGCACCGUUGUCGGAGUCAAACCCAGUAACACCACCAAACCAGACCUGGCCUUCAUCACCUCGGACCGGCCGUGUGCUGCAGCCGCCGUGUUCACGAAGAACAAGUUCCAAGCUGCACCUGUGACAUUCAGCCGUACCCUUCUGCAGCAGAAGAACAACACAGAUCUGCAAGGUGUUCUCAUCAACUCGGGAUGCGCCAACGCUGUAACCGGCAAGGGUGGUUUGGAAGAUGCUGAAGCUAUGGCCACAGAGGCCGACAAGGCCCUCGGCGCCAACAAAGCGACCAUCGUCAUGAGCACCGGAGUGAUAGGACAAAGGCUACCAAUCAAGAAGAUCCUAGAUAAUGUCCCAGUGGCCUACCAAAAGCUGGGUUCUACUCACGAUCACUGGCUGACAUGCGCAACCGCCAUCUGCACAACUGACACGUUCCCUAAACUCAUCUCAAAGGCCUUCACCCUGCCCUCGUCGCCGUCGAUCGAGUAUCGCAUUGCGGGUAUGACUAAAGGCGCUGGUAUGAUCCACCCCAACAUGGCAACCCUCCUCGGUGUCAUCGCCACCGAUGCACCAAUUGCUCCCGAGCUUCUGCCCGGUCUACUCAAGAGUGCUGUCGAUAAAUCUUUUAACAGCAUCACUAUCGACGGUGAUACCUCAACCAACGACACCGUAGCUCUUUUGGCCAACGGUGCUGCAGGCGGCGAACAGGUUACAUCUGAGACUUCACAAGAUUACCAGGCAUUCCAGCAGGCCCUAUCUGCGUUUUCGACUGAGCUCGCUCAGCUGAUCGUUCGUGAUGGAGAAGGCGCGACCAAGUUUGUUACUAUUAGAGUCACAGAGUCAUCUAGCGAGGACGGUGCUCGUAAGAUCGCUAGCACCAUUGCCCGGUCGCCAUUGGUUAAGACGGCGUUGUACGGAAAGGACGCAAACUGGGGACGUAUCCUGUGCGCCACUGGUUACUCGCUCAUUACCGAGCCCGGCGCUGGUGUGAACGAUGUCGCCGAGAUUAUUCCUGAGAAGACUAACGUCUCCUUCGUCCCCACUGACGGAAGUGCCGAAUUGAAACUUCUAGUUGACGGCGAGCCAGAGAUGGUCGACGAAGAGAGGGCAGCUGAAAUUUUGGAGCACGAGGACCUCGAAAUCCUUGUGCGACUCGGCACUGGCAAAAAAGAGGCCACAUACUGGACAUGCGAUUACUCCCAUGAGUAUAUCACCAUCAACGGCGACUACCGUACGUAG